GCGAUGGCGGCGGCGGCUAGGGUUUCGAUCCCGGCGGCGGUGCGGCGCACAAUCCAGAACAUCAAGGAGAUCGCGGGGAACCACACCGACGACGAGGUCUACGCCGCGCUCCGCGAAUGCGACAUGGAUCCCAACGAGACCGCGCAGAAGCUCCUCCACCAAGAUACCUUCCAUGAGGUGAAAAGAAAGCGUGACAAGAAAAAGGAGGGCAACAAAGAACCUGCUGAUCCGCGAUGGAGAUCUGGGACGCAGGGGCGAGGUGGAAAGGGCGGCCGUGGGAACUAUUCAGCACGCCAAUCAAGCAAUUCUAGUGACAGCACAGGGAGAAAUGCUCUUGCUGGAAAGGAAAUUGACGUGAAUCCGAGCAUGGAUAAGUGCAGUAGCUCUUCAGCUGUUAACCCAAUCACAGCCACGAAGACACCAACUUCCGUAAGUUUGUCAGGUGGGUUAUCCAAUGGUCCAUCACAAACUCCUGCUGCCAUGGCGAAAAAUUCUCUUUCUGGUAGCCAUUUGCCAUCUUCAGAUUCAAAAGGACCGGCAGAUCUUAAAAGUACCCCAGAAGAGGUUGUGGGCUUAGUUUCACAUGUAAGCCAAACGUCUACACUGCCACCACCAUCCAAAGCAGGAGUGUGUACUUCCAUUGCAGACUCAGUGCUUACUCCAUCACUUGAAGCCCACAGCCAAUGUGAGACCAUUGCCAACAAACAUGCUUCCAGAAGUCAGCGGGCAGCAGGGUUGUCUUCUGAUGAUGUACCAGCAGUUCUGAAAGACACAUCUCAACCUUCUGUUUCAUCACCUACUGUGCUACCAUCUGGUAGUAGGCCAUCGUCUAGCUACAGUAGCCGUUCACAACAGCCAGGUGGCUCGCAAAAAGCUGUUCCAAAUAAGGAGUGGAAGCCAAAACCAACGAACAAACCCACCCAAGCUGAAAAUGUUACCCAUGGUGAUGUACCUGUUACUGUGAAGGAUGCUCCACAGUCUGUUCUGGUGUCGACUUCCGAUCACAAGGAAGAUAUCUCCUCGGAAAUGGACAAAAAACUCAGUGAUAUGCAGUUAUUUGACAAGCAGCAGGUCAUUAUCCCGGAUCACCUUCAGGUCACAGAGUCGGAAAAAUACGGGAUCAGUUUCGGCAGUUUUGGCACCAGUGUUGAACAUCCUAAAGGCUUUCCAAAUGAACAUGAGAAUGCGAAGAUCUCCAUGCUGCCUGAAUAUGAAUGUUCACCAGAGGUGGAGGAAGCUGUGGAAGAACCUGCCUCCUCUAGUUAUCAUGGUGCAUCCUCUACUGUUCAAGCGGCCGCCGAGCCAGGUCAGCAGCAGCUGACUGCUGAAAUAACGGAUAAUAUUUCACGCCAAGAGGUUGAUAAUUCGUCCAGUACUCCUGAAACUGCAGAUUCUGAUCAAUCAAAGGACACAACAGCUCCACACAUGCCCCAAGAUUCAUCCCAAAAUACUUACACAUCAUAUCCGUUGGUGCCACAACCCCAAGGGAAUCAGAUUCCGUUACUAGAGACAUCUGAAUACCAGGUGCAACAGCCAAAUGAUUUUGUUGCGAAUUAUUAUACUUACCGGCCAAGUGCUGAUGCUGAUUGUCAUCUCUCCCCAAUAACUGCUCCUGGAGCUGCUGCGAAGUCUGGGAACAUGUCAGUUGCACCUGCUCAAACUGGCCAGGCUCAAGAGGAACUCAACUCAAUGGUGCUGUCUUCAUCCGGACCCACUUCACUUGCCACCCCAGCUCCUGGAGUCGUACCAAGUUCUAUUUCUAUUCCACAACAACCUCUUCCUGUGUUCCGGCAGCCUGUUGGUGUACAUGUACCUCAUUAUCAACCAGGCUUUUUCCCAUAUAAUCAGUAUAUCUCACCGUUCUAUGUUCCGCCACAUGCGCUUCACCAUUUCAUGGGCAAUGCUGCUUUUCCUCAAGCUCCUCCACUUGGAAGCAUGUAUCCACCAGUAAGUUCAGCUGUUGCGCCACCAGUCAAAUACUCGGCCAGUGCAUAUAAACCUGGUGCUAACACUGGAAGCCAGACAUAUGCUGUAGCACCUGGUGCGUACGGAACAUAUGGUUCUAGUCCAUCCGUCUAUACAAAUAAUAAUGUGAUGCCAAGCGGAACUCCGGCAGAGAAUGGUGAUGUCAGUGGAUCACAGUUCAAAGAAAAUAACAUCUAUACUGCUGGACAGCAGCAGAGUGAAGGCAACGCUGUCUGGAUUCCUGCAGCUGGACGGGAUCUAUCUGCCCUACAAUCUAGCUCGUUCUAUGGUCUGCCUCCACAGGGGCAGCAUCUUGCAUUUGCCCCUGCCCAAGCUGGUCAUGGUGCGUAUGGAGGGAUGUACCACCCAGCACAGACUCUUGCUGGAGGUGCUGUUCAUCCACUGUUCCAGCCACCACAGACCAUUGCCGGAGCUGUUGAAAUGGUUGGCCCACCUGCCAAUGGUUAUCAGCAGCCGCAACAUGCUCAGAUGAACUGGGCUAACUAUUGACGACAUGCAGUAUAUUCUUGCGAGUAGCCACCAUAGGAUGAAAAAAGAGCAGUCAUUUGUUGGAUACCUCAAGUGUUGGUAAAGGAAGUUUUCAAGAGUUUUCAGCAUAGGGGGGGCUGAUCAAGAGUGUAUAUAUCAUCAAGCAUGGGUGAUCUGCAGGGAAGGGUUGCAGAUUCCCAGAUGGUCUAGUGCCCAUCACUGGUUUGAUUUGUAGCAGUAACUGACCAUUAUGUUAGACGACGAGGGUGUACGCAGGUACCCGUUCUUUUGCCUUGCCCCCACUACGGUUUAAGUUUUGCUGAGAGAAAGUUCCGAGUUUCGUCCCUCUUGAGGUAAUAGAUACUUUGGACUUGGGAGUUAUGGAAGUGAGCUAGUGGGACUUUCAUUCUUUCCGCUGCUUUACAUGUAAAGUAGUAAAUUUUGGUGCUAUGAGGACAUGUCUGUACUGUUUGUACUUGGGUGUAAUACGAACAGCGGUAUAAACCAUAUCCUAAGUUGCAGCAAAGCCUUAUUUCUUUUGCGUA